GGUAAGUCCGCGGUCAGACUGCCAUCGAAUCGAUGUUUUCUUUUGUUUUAAACCACAAAUUUAAUAUGUAAAACAAACAAUUUGACUCUAGAAAUAUGACUAAUCGAUGCAGUACAGUGAAGUGCAAUAGAAACGCUUAAAUCUUGGACAAAUGCCAUGUCAUUUCAGUGGAAAUAACUCAAUUUCAUCUGUGUAGUAUAUAUAUUUUUUCGUGUGCUACAAGAAAUUUUCUCGGCCCGUUUCGGGGACGCAUGAAAAAUGGCGGCGUCCUCAGCUACGGCUGCAGAGGCGACCACAAUACCAACAGAGGCAAUAACGGAGGAAUGUAAAGAUGAGGAUGCUCUAAGCACGACACUGCAUUCGUGUGCAAAUGAUCCUGAUUUUGCAGUGAUUUGUGCGUUUUUGCAAAAAUUCGCCAAAGAUUUGGGCUUGAUUUUGCCGAAUUUUAAGCAUUUGCAGGAGUGGUUGACAAACAACGAUGAAGUUCCUGAACUGAAGGAUUUGCAUAUCAAACUCCUGCGAAAGACACGCAAAACGGUGCAUGAGAAGAACUGGGAAUCGGCUCUCAGUAAAUUCUGUUUCGGAUACUCGCUCCAAGAUGCCUGGGAAAUCGAACGUUUUGGCUACAAAAACUCCAGCCUAAAAGUCAAACUAAGGAUUUUUCGGGAACUCCUGGAGAGCCAGUUCGAGCGCAAUGUCAAAUUCCGUGCCCACAUACUCACGCAGAAUUCGAAUACCCUGCGCUCGGAGCCCAUUGGUCGUGAUCGACUGGGGCAUGCCUACUGGUUGACCCAGGACGAUGAUUGCAAUCUGCGCAUCUAUCAGGAGCAUCUGGAUGAGGAAAUCUGGCAGGUGGUCGCCACCAAUCGGGAUGAAUUCGUGAAUCUUAUAGCCAGGCUGCGUGGCAAUGAGGUGGUGCUGCCCUCCAAGGAUAUUGGCGAGGCGGAUGAGGAUACGAGCAGCAGUAAUAGUUGCCCCGCUAAGCCCCCACCACCCGAAGAAAAGGAAGAAGAGGAUGAGGGCGACGAAGAUGAAGCAGAGGAUGAGGAUGAGCAGCAGCCAGAGCCACAAAUCAGGGAGGAGCCAGCGAAAGUGGUGCCCAAUUUGAAGAUCAAACUGCGCUCACCCGAUCAAGACGAACAAAAGGCCAAAAGGGUCAAGCCACUGUUCAUCACACAAACAAAACUGGGAGGCAGCUGCUCGCCGGCUCCGGCCAAGAAACGUUCCAUUGAGGAGGUGGACAGCAGUCCCACAGAAUCGGUGGAGGAGCAGCAAAAGAAACAUCGACCCACGUUGUUGGACAUCAAACGCAUCAAGAAACCCAGCCGCUACGAAAGCACAAAGGACGAAAACGAUGCCGAAUCGGGCGAGGAAGAGGAGGAAGAUGACGAUGAUUCGGAACUCGAUGAAGCGGAAGAAGAGGAGGGCAGUGGAGACGAUGAUGAUGAGGAGGAUGACGACGAUAUUGACAGUGCGGCAGCAGACAUCGAAGAGGAUGAUGGGGAGGCAGAUGACGAAGUGGGCGAAGCCAUUGAAGAGCCCACCAUGACGGUGAGUGGGCAGGGAUCAGGCAGCGACUGUGAUGCCGCUGAUGGCAAUUUCCUAAGCAAUUUCGAUCAAGAAACGAACGACAAUGAAUUGGAGCUGAGUGAAGCCAUAGAGGAGGCUGUCAUCCAUGUGUUUGGCACGGGCAACGGCGCCGAAUGUCUCGUGGGCAAUGGCAAAAACGAAGCUGCUGCGGAAGAGGCAGCAGCGGCAGCACCCACACAUUCAGAGCCAAAGGCAACAUUCUUUUUUGGCGAGCCCGGCUGCCUGAAGCUGAGUCCCAUAAAGCAAACACCAAAGCAGGAAGCGAAACGAAGUAUUUUCGAUAGUCUAAACGAGGAGAAGACCAACGGUGAGAGUGGCACCCGAGAAGGCACACCGCCACGCAAUGGCAGUGACCUGAAGGAGGAGCCACAAAGCCACAAGCAAGACGCAGCUACCAAAACAGGCAACGAAACAAAAGAAAUCUCACCAGAAGCAGGCCAAAACAAAGCCCUGCAAGCAACCAGCACAGAACAGCCAGAAUACCAGAUCAAAGUAAUUGAAACGAAUGAGAAAAUCUCCCAACCUAUUGAAGAAAAUGACACAAAAAUCAAAGAUGAUAUUAAAGAAGGCAAAUCGAAUAAUAUACAGGAAAAAGAGUUUGAAAAUCACUCGAAAAGUGAGUCAAAUCUAGAGAAAGAAGCUGCGGCAUGCUGCGAGGGAUCUGUGACAGCAGCUAAGAGUCCCAAGGUCAGCUCAAAAGCUACAGAAAUCAAAGUAGAACAAAAGGAAACUCUAGCUGAAGCAGUCGUCAAUGAUAAUAGGCCAGUGCCGGCCGAAAAUGAGGCUUCCAAUAUCGUUAAAGCUUUGAAAACCGACAAGGAAUCGACUAAACGUAGUCCGGAAAAUGCUAAAAGCGUUCCUGAAAAAGAUGGAAGCAGCUCUGAAUUGCCAAAAAGCAGUUCUGAAACGAUUACGAGUGGUCUUGAAACGGUUAAAAGUGGUCCUGAAACGGUAAUAAUCAGUUCUGAAGCGUUUAAGAGCAGGUCUGAUUCCAUUCGAAGCAAUUCUGAAUUGUUUAAGAACUGUCCGAUUGCUAUUUCGAUUGAAAAGGAACAAAUCAAAGCGAUUCAAAUCCAAACUGUACCCAUGAAGGGUGAAAAACCUGUUGAAAAAGAUUGUGAUACUGCUAAUACUGAUUUGAAAAAAUUUGUGGAGGACUCAGACAAGAUUUCAGAUGAUUCCAAAGACAAGCCAAUAAACGAGAAGAAACCUGCUGCCACUACAGCCACAAACAUGAUCAAAACCGAUACUGAAAAGCUCCUAAAAGCUAAGGAAUCGUCACCCCAACCGGUUCAGGCAUUGGUUGUUGAUACUCUUCCAUUUAAAAGCAGUAAAUCGUUUCCAAACGAUAAUAACUCCACAAUGCCGCCCAAGGAGCAGCCUAAGAUUGUCAUUGAAGCGGUUACUGUUCCCAACGAGCAGACUAAAAUCAUCGCGGAAGCGGCGGUUCUUCCUAAAGAGCAGUCUACGAUCGUCGGCGAAGCCGUUAUUCUUCCUAAAGAGCAGCCUAAAGCCGCCGCCGCCGCCGAAGUUCUUCCCAAAGAGCAGUCUAAAGCCAUCACCGAAGCUGUAAUUCUUCCCAACGAGAAGACUAAGCCCGUUGCUGUACCGCUUACGACCGAAAAGAAGUUCGAAACUAGCAAUAAUGGCUCUCAAAUUAAAGAAAAGCCAUUGGAAACUGUACAAAACGAUUUGCCCAGCACUUCCAAGGCUGUAAUUCCCAAAGACAAUGGCGAAAAGCAGGAAAAUGAAGCCAAAUCCCCGCCAGCGAAAGCACCAGCUGUAGAAUCUGUACAUAAAUUCGACGUACCAAUGAACAUAAACGCCUCAGCGAGUGAAUAUCCCAAGCCCGCAUCGAUAUUGCCCAAUCGCAAGCGUCGCCUCAAUGACUUUGUGGCCGCACCCGCGCGACAAUCAACCUCCGAGAGCGAAGUGGAUGCGCAGCAGCACGAGGAGGAGAUCGAUGAGGCACUGGACGAUCUGGAUGUGGGUGGAAAGCGCAUUAAGAUGCGUCCCAAGACCUCAAAUGUGGAGGCGCGUCGCAAAGUUGAGGCACAGAAGACACAUGUCGAGGAGACAACCUCCUCCAGCGGCGAAGAAGAUCCACGAAGUCGACGCAAGAUUAUUGCGCCCAAGAGGCACUUGGAGAAGGCGCCCGUGACCAAGCAAAAGCCAACGCUAGCCGAGAUUAUCGAGAAGAAGCUGAAGAAAACGCCCGAAAAGUUGCCCGACUUUAUGACCGAAAAGUUGCCAGACAAGGAGCCUGAAAAGAUGCCCGAGCAGCCCACAGAACCAACGCCAAAUGUGUCUCUGCCGCCACCUCCUCCCAGAGAAGCCACGCCCCCGGCCCCAUCCUUUUGUCAUCCGAAGAAAUCGCCAAUAACAAAGCCAUUGAAGAAGAAUCUGCUCACACAGCUGCGACAGGAGGAGAGCGACGAGGAGGCCGUACCCAGGAAGCGCACAAACAGUGAGACGGUGGUGCCCACCCCAGUGCCUGCAGCGCCACCGGCUGUCCUGGAGGAGCGUCAGCGCAAGCGUCGCAGCAGUGAAGACGCCAAGGAUUCCAAGGAAUCGUCGUCCAACGAGGCACCACCAGCAGUUAGCGAGAAGCUUAAGCGCAACAACGAGCAGGAUAUCGUCGAAGAAGAGGAUCCGGCGGUGGUUUCUCUAACCAAGGAGAGGGCUGAACUGUCAGCACCAACCAAGGAACAGUUUCCAUCGCCUGCUCUUUCAAUCAAUGAGAAUAUUGUGCCCGAAUCAUCCAUCAAACUAAAGGACCCUUCACCGCCACCAGCCAUGGAGAGGCUUUUGAUGCUGCCACCAACUAUAGAGAAGUCUCCAGCAGCCAAGGGGAAAUCCAUACCAAUCAAGGACAGGUCUCCACCAGCCAAGGAUAAGUCUCCGGCAGGAAUUUCCAUCAUUGAGAGAUCUCCGGCGGCUCUUUCCUUCAAUGAGAAGUCGCCUGCUACAAAUCCAAUCAAGGAGAAAGAUGCUUUGCCGUCUCCAUCCAAACAUAUGGCUUCGUCGCAGCCUGAAGCUAAGGAGAAGACUGCGUCGCCAUCUAUAUCCAAGGAGAAGGCACCGCCACCCAAGGAUCUGUCACCGUCGCCAGUAAAAGAGAAGAUUCCUGCGGCAAUUCCCACCACAGAGAAGAAUCCAGUGGCACCACCAGCCAAGGACGAGAGUCCAGUUCCACCAGCAGUCAUUGAGAAGACUUCAACACUCAAGACUCCACUGGCAGUGCCACUCAAAGAGCAGCCUCCAAUGGCACCUCCAGCCAAGGAAAAGUCUCCAGUUGCACCAUCAACAAUGGUUAUGGCUCCUCUAUUGCUACCGCCAGUCAAGCAGAGGUCGCUAUCUCCAGCGCACGGAAAAGAGAAGACUCCAGUGGAAGUCAAAGAAAAAUCUCCAGUUCCAGUGCAGGUUAAAGAGAAGACUCCAUCGCCGCUCCAGGUCAAGGAGAAGGCAUCAGCACCAGCUCAAAGGCUUCCAGUCAAGGAAUCGACUCCGCCGCUGCCCUCGAAAGACACUUCCUCCCCUCCCGAAGGGUCUGCGCGUCGUUCCGGUCGUCGGGGUGGUGCGGCAGUCGUUUAUUCCGAACUGCCGCAACCCAAACGAACGCGCGGCGGACCCAAGGAGAAGCUCAUGCCAGAAGCAAAGGCUGAGGUGAAGCAUGAAACCAGUGAGGAAGAGGAGGAGGAGGAGGAGGAUGAGAAGGACACUGGAGAACCACCCGCCAAAGUGGCAACCAAAUUGAAGGCUCAAAUAAAAAUAGAAACUGCAGCGAAGAAUGAGGAAACGCAACAAAAGAAACCACUCAAAGAGGACGAACCUCUAACGAAGAAACCCCUGAAGGAGGAGGAAAAUCCACAGAAGAAACCGCUCAAGGAGGAGGAGCCUCUCCAGCCGAAACAGCCAUCCAAAGAGGAACCACUGGCAGAGCUAGAGGAGCCCUUGGAUGAGGAAUCCAUCAGCGAAGUUACCGCAGCCAAGGAAGAGCAGCCCGCAAAACCAGUGGGACGUGGCCGUGGUCCGCGCAAGAAGCGCGAGGUGGACACCACAAACAUCAUUGAGUGCGUGGACUCAGAGACGCCAGUGCGUCAGUCGCGACGGAUUGCACAGCAGAAGAUCAAGGAGGAGGCCGAGCGACGCAAGCAGGAGGAGGUGGCGCUGCGUUCCAUGAAGCAGGAGCUCAAAAAGAAGAAAAAGGCACAGAAGGAACAGGAUCCCACAGUGCCAGAGCCAACGCGGAGCGAAGAGGAAGAGGAAGCCGAAUCAUCCGAGGCCAGCGAGGCGGAGGAGGCUAAAAAGAAGAAAAAGAAGCUGCCUGGCAAAGAUGGUUGGUCCUCGGACUCGGAUCAACAAGCGGACAGCGAAGAGGAGGAAGAAGAACCACCGCACUACGACACAGAUCCAGGAUCUCCGCUCUUCCGCUCGGAUCAUGAGUUCUCCCCGGAAUCCGAGCUGGAAGAUGAGUCGCAGGUGGUGCCCAUGAAGCGUGCACGCACGGUGCGCAAAGAGAACGAGGAGGACUACGAUGCGGAUGAGGCAUGCAACGAGUGCGGCAAGUCGGAUCAUCCCGAAUGGAUACUCCUCUGCGAUACGCCCAACUGCAACAAGGGCUAUCACUGCUCCUGCCUGUCGCCGGUGCUGUUCUACAUACCCGAGGGCGACUGGCACUGUCCGCCCUGCCAGCAGGAGCACCUCAUUGUGGCCCUGGAGCAGCAGUUGCAGCGCUUUGAUCAGAUGGUGGCUCACAAGCAGCAGGAAAAACGGCUGGCUGAGGUGGCGGAGCGCGAGCGACAGGAGCUGGAGGCCGUCAAGCUGGCGGAGGAUCGUGAGGCGUCCAAGGCGGAGCGCCAUGAGGAUGACGACGACGACGAUGAUGAUCGCGACGAGGUGGCCAGCAAGCAGAGCAAAGCGGACAAACCGAAGAGACGUCGCGGCGACGGGCGGAGCAAUCGCAAGGCAGCCAAACGCGGCACCAGACGCCGACGCGGCGGCGACUCGGACAGCAGCAGCGGCGGCGCCGGUGGCAAGAGCCAGUCUGGGGGCAGUGCCUCCGGCUCUGGUUCGAGCAGCAACAGCAGCAGCUUCUCGGACUCGGACGAUGAGCCCAUCUACAAGCUGCGCAAGCGACGGCAGAUCAAUGUCAGCUAUCGUCUCAACGAGUACGAUGAUCUGAUCAAUUCGGCGCUCAAAAAGGAAAUGGAUGAGGUCGCGGGUGCUGGCAAUCUGGGCCGUGGCAAGGACAUAUCCACCAUUAUCGAGGCGGACAAGGAGAAGGCACGUCGCGACGAUGUGCACGUGGAUGAGGAGCAGCCCGAGGAGCGACCGCCUUCCGUUGUAAAUGAAGAAAAACCAACGAAAUUGAGCAGCAGCUCGGACGACGAGGAUGAAGUGCCGCUGAAGCGCAGCAAAACGAAGCAACCGCCAGCGAAAAAGAAGCCACGAAAGCUAACGACGCUGGAUGUUAGCUCCGAGGAGGAUCAUGGCAGCGAUGAGGACUUCAAGACGUCCAGUUACAGCGAAGAGGACACCUCACAAUCUGCCUCCGAUGACUCGGACUCCAGUCUGGAGGUCUACAGACGGCCGGGCCGUGGCAAGAAGCAGCGCAAGGCGGCCCGAAGAGCCGCCCGAGAGCGUCGCAAGGAUCGCAAAUUCGUGGUGGAGGAGAGCGACGAAAGCGAAGAGGAGCAAAAGAAACCCAAAUCCAAGAAGAAGAAAAAGGAGGACUCCGAUUACACGGAAACCGAAACGGAUGACGACGAGGACGCUGGCUCCGAGUUGACCGAGAACAUGGACAGUGCGGAUCUGUGCGAUGAUACGACAAGCGAGAGCGAAGACGGCGCCUGGCAUCCAUCGAAAAAGAAAAAAACAAACAACAAAAAGUGCAGCUCGGCCGCGGGCAUAGCAAGGAAGUCGCCAAAGCUCAAGAAACCCGCGCAGCCGGCCAAGAAACCGAAACGUUUGGAGUACUCCGAUGAUGAUAUCAGCGAAAGCGAACCGGAGGAGGAGGAUGAGGACGAUGACGAGGGUGCACCGACCUCGGGCAAGGGUUCGGGCAAGCAGCCCCGCUCGCAGCCCCUCAAACCGAGCGCCUCCACCGCACAGACGGGCAAGGGCAAAGGCAAGUCCAAGAAGAAGAAGCCGCCGUCGUCGGAGGAGGACGAGGGCGCCGCUUCGGAUGAGCGGACACGCACGCGAGGUCGUCGCUAUGCCUACAUCGAGGACUUUGAUGACGACAGCUCGGAUGGCGGCAUCAAGCCGGGCGUCCAUCGGCCCGACACGCCGCCCGAGGAGCGUCAAAAGUUCAUCCAAAAGCAGGAGGAGAUCAAACGAAUGCUGGCGGAAAAGAACGCUGAAGGAGCUAAGCUGGCGGCCACGCCACGCCUCACGCCCAUCAAGGGCACGGCACCGGGACAGGUGCCUACAGCCGGCGGCGCACAGGAGAAGCGAACGCCCAGCAAGGGUCCUGCGGGUGGGGAUUCCCUCUCCACAGUGCCGCUGUCGGUCAUACGGCAGGCCAAGGUGCUGGACAUUGACUAUCUGCAGCGCAAGGGCGAGACCAUUGGCGACCUGGAAGACAAGGAUGAGUCGGAGGAGCUGGACGAUUCCGAGAUGAUGCUGGACGAUGCCGAUCUGCCCGAGGACAUGGAGGAUGCCAUUGCCCGGAUGGUCGAGGAGGAGGAGCAGUUUAGUGCCGCGGCUGCCAGAGAGUUGCCCGGCCCCGAGGAGGUGCUGCGCACGACACCCGCCAAGGCCAAAGCCAGCAAAGUUUCUGCCCCCGUGGAUACGCCUCCCAUGCCUCCGGCGCCCCAUGCAGCCGCCGCACCGCCGUCGUCGGGUCUGCAGGAGCCGCAUCGUAAACGUCUGCCCAUGCCCACCAUGCAUCCGCCUUUGCUGCGGCAUCAGUUUCCGGGCCCUGGACAGCACGGACCACCGGCAUCGCUGCUGCCGCCGCCACAUGGCAUGCAUCCCAUGCUGCAGCGUCAGCUCUCGCAGUCCGUGCCGGCCAUGCAGCUGCUGCAGAAUGCGCUCUCGGCGCCGCUCGGCCAGCCGCUGGGUCGUGGCAACUAUCCACAGCCACCUCCCACGGCCCAGCACUUGCCACUAGUCAUGUCCAUGCCUUCGGCUGCGGCCCAUCUUAUGCACCAGGCCAGUGUGGCCACGCAACAGGCGGCAGGCCGUGCACCUGAGCCUCAGGCGGCCCGACCUCCACCGCCGCCUGUCGACAGCAAGCCACGUGGACGCCGGAAAAAGGUGACGCCGCUGCGGGAUCAAUUGCAGAAGCAACAAACGGCAGCGGCCGUCACAGCAGCCUCGACCACACCUGGAACUCCAGCGCCACCCGUGGACAAGAUUAAGGGCGUGCCAGCACAGCUUUUCAAGCCCCACGAAGAUGCCCCUCCACGCUCAACGGCUGCCGCCUCCUCACAGGCGUCGGUAAUCACGCGAAUGCCCACGCAUCUCUCGGCGCAUCCGCAUGCACGUGGUCCACCCGCGGGCAUGUAUCCCAGCAGCGCGGAAUUUGCACGGUUUUACGCCCAACCUCUGCCGCCGCCCAGCUCCGCGCCUGGUUCGCGUUCACCAUCGUCUGGCGUGGGUCCAGCCGCGUCACCGGGACCACCUCGUCACCUGCUGCGUCCACAAAUGCCGCCCGGUCUGCCGCCACCACACUCAGCGCUGCGUCCCACCUAUGGACCGCCGCCGCCGCUGCGUGGAGCGCCACCACCCACAUCGACAGCGAGUAGCGGGGGGGCGUCGCCCAAUACCCGUCCCCCUUACAUGCACGGAGCGGAACAUCACGGUGGACCGCCCCUGGGCAGUGUCUACGGCACGGGACCGCCACCAGCGAGACAUGCAUCGCCACACUUGAAUCCCUACAGCCGCGGUCCGCCCAUUUAUGGCAAUCCCAAUUAUCAGCCCCGCGUUGGACCACCCGGACCACCGCCUGGUAAUAUGCGACCCGGUGCCGUGGACUACGUGGCAGGUGCACGCGGCUAUCCACCGUAUGGCUACUAUCCACCGCCGCCUCCGCUGACCACACCACCCGCCCAUGCAGCGCCCAGUUCGGUGAUUGUGAGUGCCCCACCGCCUGUGACGCCCACAAAUCAUUCGGUGUCAGCGCUGACGCGUGGCAAAUCACCAGCUCCAGUGGCAGCAGCACCACCCGCGGAAGUUAUGGCACACAAGGCGCCGCCACAGCAGCAGCAGCAACAGCCACCACCGCCUUCGGUGAUAACGAGCAAAAAACUGACAACCCUGGAGGCAUAUCCACCCAUAGCCAAGUCCCCUAUGGCCGUGGGUGUGGCCGAGGCGGCAGCAGCUCGAGCUGUGGGCUCGCCAGCGGUCAUAGCAGAAGAGGACUCUGGCUCGGCGCACGACACCAGUGGACCACCGCCAGUGGCGACAGGUCCGGCGGUGGGCGAGUUCAGUGGACUGGUGAGCUACUUUAGCUCCCAGCAGGAUGACUACGACACAUAACAAGCGCCGCUGGGUGCCUAAAACAACAACAACAACAAUAACGAAAAGCAUGUACAUAAAUGUAGACUGUAAGGAAAAGCACACGAGGGUGGAGAGAGGCAGCCUAACCAUGUAUAACCUCUGCUUUAGGCCACUUAUUGGAAAUUGAAAAAACCCCAAAAACCUAAGCAAUAUAAAAGGUCAUCAAAUGUGCACGCAAAAGCAGAUUUAUUUUAAUUUUUAACUGGUAUGUGGGUUCGUUUCGUUUAAACCCGUUUUUUCUUGAAAAAUUUGGUACAUUUAUCUGCAACAAAUUUAAUUUAUUUGCCCCUGCCCUUCGGCCUUGAACGCUAGUUUACGUUCUGUGCUCUUAGAGUUUAUUAGCUAAACCCAUCAACUGCGUCUAGUAUUUUACAUUUAGCUGUAUAUUAUUCAAAGCCACUAAGUUAAAUAAGAUACAUACCAUUACAGACCAUAAAAACAAAAAGAAAUCAAGCUAAAAACAUAUGCUAAAUCAAUGCGACAAAAUCAUAGGCUAUAGAUGGAUAUGAAAAUAUAUGCGGAAUAUACAUAUGUAUACAUACAUAUAUAUGUCUUUAUGUAUAUGCUUAUGUAUAAUGUACAUGUUCAUGUAAACUGCAAUCUUUGUAAACUAAUUAUAGCAUACUGCUUAACCUAAUAACUAAACUAAUGAAAUUAUAUAAUUAAAUUUAACUUAAGCGUUCGAGAAAAAUAUAACAAAAAUCAUCGGCAUGCAAAUGGUAUACCAGAAUCAAAGAAAAUGACGAGCGACAACAGAAGCGUGUAUUAAUUUAACAAAACAACAAAUAAAACUAUUUAUCAUUAGUUACAAAA